CCUGGUCUGGCUUGUCAGUGCUUCAUGAAGUGUUGUGCCGUACCCGUGCACGAUUCCUGACCGAGCACGACCCUGGCGGAGUCAAAACCUUCGGAGUCCCUAAGCGAUAACUGGGAAGUCCCGUGAAAGACCGCGCGAUCUCUUUCCACAGAGUUCCUCUUCGCUAUAAGGAUACGGCAGAGGUGAUAACAGUGCCCGAAGCGUGAAAAAGAAGAGGAAGCUACCUUGAUGUUUCUAUCUUAAUUGCUGCGUGAUCGAGUGGAAUCGAGAUCGCGAUGAUCGAUUGUCGUCGGUGAAUCGCAAUUGACGGUGACGCAAUGUUAAUUAAAUGUCAAAUGCACACAUACACCAAUGCGUCAGAUGAUUUUAAUAAGAGACGUCUGCAGUACUCUUACAUUAAUUGUACAUUAUGCAAUGAAAAAUUGCGGAAACUGUCCUGAGGCAAUUACCGAUCAACUCGGCACAUGAAAUAAUUUGCAUAUAAUUUGUAGUUGGGCUGUCUUACCCCCCUGAUAAACAAGACUAGCUUAGAUCUACAAUCUUAAACGAAGAAGUAUUAUUUUUUUAUUUUAUGAGAAUGUGUUGGAGAAUAUUAAUAAUCCUGAAUAAGUACAAAGAUGCGUGGAAGAAUUAUGAAUCAUAAAAUACAGAUAAGCUAUGCGAGAAAGAUGUUACGGAUUACGUGCAAUUCAGCAGGAGAAGAGAAAGAAAACCGGGAAGAAGCAAAUAAAAAUUGGCAAUCUUUCACGAAACACACGUUCACGUCGUUUAUGCGAUAGUGUCAAAAUGACGUGGCCUGCAGUACAUUAUAAUCUUCUCUUUCAAAUAUCGUCUCUCAAGAAUUGUUCGAAUUAUAAAACGGACAGAAAUUGAAUCAUGAAAGGCUAUUAACGGUGAAACAUUGAAGGUGAGUUCGUAGACCACGUGAUAAAUCGAUUAGACUUAUAUUUGCAUAUUCGUACUCUCCGGCGUACUAUGCAAAAUUGACUUACGUCCGAGGAGUAAAUCCGUCUCACUUUUAUACCGACCACAUCCACUUUACAUUUCAGGAAUGAAUAUUUUUAGGACGCUCAUACAGAACAUAUAUAUAUACGGAUAUUCCAUUAGCAAUAUAUAAAGCAAUCUGCAUAUAGCGUAUUUGAUAAAUCGAUACGCAAAUAUAACGUAUAUUGAAACGUGCCUCUUUUAUCGUUUUUAUUAUUUUCAAUUUAAAGUUAAUUUAACGAUAUAACAAUGCUUUUAAUUAAUGUAAUAUUUUAGUCCAGUUUGUUCACGUAAUCUGAUUUCGUAUAAUUAAAAAUAUGUCGAUGAAUUAAAUCAAAAUUAAAAACACAUAAUUUUGAAUUAUUCCAUAUACUCUAAAAAAUAUUUUUUAAAUCUCCAAAGAAUCUUUAUUUGUAUGCCAUAUCUUUACCUCUUCCUUAUCUCGGUAGAAAUUAUCAGAAAUAAUCUUGAGAUAAAUUGGUCUGUUUUUCUUCUAAAAAAAUACAGAUUAUAAAAAAAAAAUAGUAAUAAAAACGGGAUGAAUGAAGUGUAAAAAAUGAUCAGAUGAGCCGAGAUGUUUUUUUCAAGCGAGAACUUCUUGAUUGUGCUCACGCUAAGCCGCGUCUUUAUGGUCUCGAACAACGCACUACAUUCUGGAUAUAGCGUGUGCCGCACAUGUGCUCGUUCACAGGGGCACGUGUACAUCGCAGGAUACAGGCUUCUUUUUAUCGGACCAUGCGUCGCUGCAGGUGCAGAUGCAGGGCGCAACGCAGCGCGGCGUGCACCGCGACGGUCGCAGGAACAGGCCUCUAUUAAUAGCAACGAAUGGGUAUCCUUGGCAUUCAACUGAGCCCUUUUACAGAAGAAGUCAUCAUGGCAGUCGAUAAUCCGUCGUACUUCUCGCUGUCCGGCGGGACAUCGAAAACCGCGGCAACAACGUCAUCAUCUCCGACGUCGCCAAGGGGUUUCUCCGCCUUAUUUCGUCGGAAGGCCUGCAAAAUGGGGACGCAGGCUUCGUCUCAGGGUGACGUCUCGGGAUCCACGGGCGGCCACAAGAGUCGCGGUAAUGCGUCAGGCACGUCGACGGAGGAGCGCGUCCCAAUGCUGUCGCGGAAUGGCGGGAGCCAACGUAACAGAAGAAGAAACUUCUGCCUGCUCCACCGGUCCAUGAGCACGAAUCCGGAACAGGAAAAGGCACAGUUUUUCAAAGGUGACCCGAGACCGUCCGACAUUGCGCCGCCGUCGCCGUUAUUUAAAUCCAAAAGGUCGAAUUCGCACUCCGAAAAGGAUCAUCAUCCUGGUCAGACCAGAAGAGGCUUAAAAUCUACCAGCGAACUUCUGUCCAAUGAUAUGAUCUUUUGCGACGUAGCGGGUAAUUCCAAAGAUCACACACAUAACGAUGAUGACAACAACGAUGACGACGCAGAGGUCUUCUUCGGUGAAAACGAUGCCAGAUAUUACAACGUUUCUUCCACUCUUCCCAUGACCGCCGGCCGAAGAAGGCACUCGAUCGGCACUUUUCUCGGGAAAGAAACGGGUAAUAUCGUGACUCCUGGUCGACAAACGAGAGGAUCUAGAAAUCUGUCGGAAACAGAUACGGUGGUGUCGCUCGACGACAUCGAUGGCAUACAUUGCAACAAGAGCAAACGACCGUCUUACAACAGAAACAAGCGAAGAGGACACAAGAACUCGUCCCAUAAGGGGUCGCAUUCAGCUACAGUCUUAUCAAGGGACGGACAUAACACGGAGGACGAUGUCGUGUUUGUCUUCAGCAAGGAAAGUGAGACUUCUAAUCUCUGGGUUAACUACCUCACUGCGUGUUUCGAGCAAAUCAGCCGUCAGCAAGGACGACCGCCGUUCAGAAUACGUCAUAUCGCGAUUGAGGAGCCGCUAGCGUCGAAGACUGAAGAGAGGAUCCGGUCCUCGCGUCUUCAGAUCGUCAUUGUGUGCCCGAUAUUGCUGGAACGCAUUCGAACCAACCCGGAACACGCCAUCCGUCUGACCAGCCACCUGGUUACCGAAAAAGUACUGGCGAUGAUGCUGGGCGUUCAGGACGGUCACAUCAGUGAUACACAUAGGUCCAGCCUGGUUUCUUAUGAUCAGUGGAAGAAAUUUUUCGUGAAAAACCAGGACGAGACGUUUGUGAGCGAAUUGCUGAACGCGGCGAUCGUUAUUCUAGGCACCACGCCGCCACCAGCCCUUAAAUGCGACAAGACUGCAUUCUCCGUCCAUCCAAAGAAGGUCAAGCUAGGGCAGAACAGAAUAAUCGUUUUGCUAAACGAGCCAUUGAUUCCUUUGGAUAUUGUCACGGUGGUCGUUGAUCGUUGUGGCGACGCAAUUGACAUAAACAAUGUAAAAAAAAGAAAUCCGUACACGCUGCAGUUUUCAAUACCAGAGAGAUGUCUCGAAGUUUCUAUGUUGGUUGGUGUAAGAAUAAUGAAGAAUGGAUCCUCGCUCGGCGUUAGACAAGUCAAAUGUGAAAGUAGACUCAGAGAAUUAGAUCAAAUUCUCAGGGCGCACGAUAAUCCCCUUGAGUUUAUGUGCCAGACUUUCGGCUUUAGUUCUACAGACAACAGGGAACAGUUAGACAAUUGGAUGGUCCAUGCAUUUCAAAAAAAUAUCCCUCCUCAUUUCAAUCUUUUGUCUACUCCGAAUGGUAUGGUGCCCGUCUAUAAAAAUUGUACAAGUUCGGAAGAGUAUCCGACAUUACUGCAUUUCGCCGCGCGAUUUGGCCUAGAGAAAUUAGCGUGGCAAUUGUUGGAGUGUCCUGGUAGUGAUCUAGCGUGUGAUUUGAAAAACGCUACCGAACUGACACCGGCCGAUCUUGCCGAGCAAGCCGGACAUGCAAAAUUGGCCCAUCAACUACGGGGUUACAUGCAAAUGAACGAGUUCACCAACAUGUACAGCUACCUCAAAGUUAUGAGCCAGACGAACCGAUCAACAGGAACAAAUUCAACCACGGAUGUCCCGUCGACAAUUGCGAACGAAACUAGCAGCGAAAAAGAAGAUUAUUGUCAACCAAGGCCCUUAAGCGAGGCUUAUUCGGUGCCACCAAUUGCAAGACCGAUAACGAUUCUGAUCCCGAGUCCACAAACAGCAAGCACUUCUAGUACGGCCACAAACCCCGUGGCCGCAAAUUAUUCGAUCGUGCCAACGCCUACGCCAGUAAUUAAUAACCAGCUGCCGUCCACACCUACAAACUCGGUCACGUCAAGUGAACUAGAUACAUCUUUCCAGGAUUAUAUGAAAAUGCAUGCCACUGAUUAUUCUUUUACCACAAAUCCUCUUCAUCAUAACACAAUUGGUCCAAAAAUAACUACGAGUACGACAAAUUUACCGCCGUCCCGAACAGACACACCUAUUCACCAGGAAAAUCACCAAAGUUCCUUAGAAGCACGGGAGGAUAAUUGCAAUCAGAAAAUGAGUCAAAAUCUCUACGGAAGAACAUCAUCCAAUAGCAGUACCAAAUCCAGAGAACCGUCAGGCCCACAGGACGAGCUGCUGGAGAUCAUAAACGAUUUCAAAAACAACGUCUUUACGAUAUCUGAAGUGGAGAGGCUUGUUGAAAAUUGGAAAAAACGAAACGACGUUCAGCAAAGUUAUAAGGACAAGCAGCGGCAGCUUACGGCAAUGCGAGAAGAAUACGACAGAAUACAAAAAAAGAUGAAAGACGAAAUGAGGACUCCUACGCCGUUCGACAAGAUACGAAAGUUCUUCUCCAAGAAGAAAGAUACAAAAGAAUCUGCUACUACCGACUCUUCUACGAGCAAAUCCGAAAGUAUUAACGGCGGCUUAGCCGAUCGUCGACCUGUCAGUAGUUUAAGCCUUCGUAGCUUCUCUAGUUCAUCCUCGUCUGGUAGAAUGAGCACUGUCAGCGGUUGCAGCGGUGCAAGCUUGGGUGACAGUGGAACUCAUUCCGAUUCCGAAGACAGAAAGAACGUCAGGGAUGAGAAGACUGGCAUGAUGUCCUACGAAAUACCACCUGCGCCUAAACCGUUCACAAACAGGUAUUCACCGGCGUCCGGGUAUUCCCCACUACCGUGUCUCUCAAUCACGCGUGAUCUUGAUCUCCGACAGACACAGUCACCGUCGAGAGCCGGCGAUAAUGAGUAUUACAUUGCGUUUCCACCAUCGGGAUUACCCGUUCAUGCGUUUAAAGCGAACGGCUCUCUGAGGGAACUGGACACGCCGAGUUCACCGUGUGAACAUUCGAGGUAUCAUGACUUUGUCCAGAACAUCGCCAUCUCAUCAGACAAGCGUCAGGAGGAAACCAAGGCGACGAAACACAACAGCUACACGAACAUCGAACCGGCGGCGUCGAAUUUCACUCCAGUCGUGCCGCCAGGAAUGUGCAUACCAGACUGCGCAAGCAACGAAUCGACGUCCAUCGAUUCCGUUCACGUGGACCGGGAAACCCCGGAAAAACACCUUAACGAUACCGAUCCCGACAUCGCAAAGGUGAAACCUCCGUCGCUUGCUCAGUCUAUCGUUGACGAGGUCGACUCUGCGCUCGCCGUUCAAGGUCAAGAAAUCACAGAGACAAUACGCGACGAGAAACACGUAUCGACGGACUCGGCGAACAUUUCAAAAAACACAAAUGAGGCGACCGAAACCACUAGAAUGCCGGAAUACAUGAACCUUGCCGCUAAUAUGGGUCACGGUGCCGCCAAGGUUCUCGGCGCCGUACCAAAGAAGCUGCCUGCACCACCCGUGCCACCGCGAGGUACAACCUUUCACACUGUAUAAUUUCACGCAGACAAUGAAGACGCGCGAGACUUUUGCAAUGAAAGACAGAAACAAUCGUUAUUGUUAAAAAUCAAGUCAAUAAAAAAAAUGUCUGGGAAUAUUAAACCUAAACAGCGACAUUCUCCUAUUUUCGUUUCUCAUCAAUGCAGUUCUUUAAGAAUUAUUUCUCUCAAAUCAAAGAUUAAAAAAAGAGAUUACGGGAAUUCCUGAUGACUGAGAAAGAUAUUAGUGACUCAUACGGAUGUGUUGCGAGAAAAACAUCCUUAUUUAGCAUUUCUUAGCGUUUGGAAAACUUAUUUAUGUCACAUAUCGAUUUAUAAACUAAUUAAAUGUCUUAAUUGUUAGAAUUCUGUCCAUUUCCUCAAUGUUAUAAAUUCCAAAAUCUAUAACUCUCUAUUUUGUGAUUUUGAGAAACAACGAAUUAAAAAA